GGGAAAAAAGGGGAGUUAAUUUAGUUUAAUUUUGACCAGCCAAGCUGUUCGGUCUGGAUCAGCAUGUUGUAAGUGCGUCUGAUGAUGGCUGAAGCGUAGUAAGCCGAAACGCGUUACGCACAAGAAAUACAUGCGAGUUUCAUUACAAUUCACCGAUAAAAGCCAAUCAAACCAAAUAAUAGUAAAGGUCCACGGUGAUUAUCUUCAACCGAUAGAAGUUAGUUGGCAAAGAAAACAUGUUGUUAGUGAACGAAAUCUCGAACAAGUAUGGAGAAAAUAGCCGGCGCUUUAUCUGGCGCUUUCUGAAAGUGUCGAGCCGCCUAGCGAGGUCGAACAACCGAAUCAAGUUUCUCCUGAACUGCAGAAGGUGUAAAAUGGUUCCACCGUGUCUCAAGAUCAGAAACGACAUAAAAAUAGACAACGAAGCGUCGAAGCGAGAACUUGAGAAGAUCAUGUUCAAGCACCGUAUCCGUCUUCUGAGCCUAUUGAUCUCCGAUACGAAACGUACAAUGGCUAGCUUGAGACAAACGAAGCAGAACAUGAACCGUAAGAUAGACGAAGACUUCGAUCAACCCGACGCAGAAAGGAUACGCAAGAUGGUGAAAGAGAAAACUGCUACGAUCUUCGAGAAGGUUAGAGCGAGAGAGAGACGGAAAGUAUCCAGUAUGAAAACAAGGCAGGUAAUGCAAAUGAACAACGAAGCUGAAUGGAUAGUGAACACUACGACUGUGGAAAUCCCGGACUAUGUGGAACGAACACUCAUGCUGGGCCCAAAUUUCAACAUAGAAGACAAAGGGGAUGUUCCAUACGUGGAGUUGGUUGCGAGCAUCGAGAAAAGCAUUCAGAGAAAAGAAAAUGCGGAUGAAAUCAGGUCGGAAGUGUCCAACGCGAUGAUAAACCAUAUCCACUAUCAUCGACAACCUCGCCACCCACCAGAGGAGUGGAUCCAGAAGGAAGUUUCCAAAAGUAGGAAGUUUUUGAAAGAAAAUCCAAACCUGGUGGUAACAAAAGCGGAUAAGGGGAGCAAAACGGUCAUCAUGGAUCUAAACGAGUACCAAACCAAGAUGCAGGAUCUUCUCAACGACGGAACCACGUACAAAAGGAUGACUACGAAUCCGACGAACAGAGUUCUCAAGAAAAUGAACAGUUUUAUCGAUGAAUGGCACAGAAAGGGCUACAUUGAUUUCCGCACACAACGGAGAUUAAAAGAUUCGAGCUGCAACCCACCAAGAAUCUACGGAUUACCAAAGAUUCACAAAGAGAACCGUCCGCUCCGGCCGGUGGUGUCAACUAUAGGAUCGGCAACAUACAACAUGGCUCGAUUCCUGGCGGACGUAAUCGGAAAAGUGGUUGGAAAAACAGUUUUCCACGUACGCAACAGCUUCGAUUUUGCAGAAGAAAUCACAGGAGUCCAGACAAGUGAAGAAGAGGUAUUGUUUUCGCUGGAUGUGGUCUCGCUCUACACGAACAUAGCUUCGUCGAUGCAGUAA